AUGCCUACCUCAUCCCUACUAUGGAGCGUAGGGUCGCUGGCUCUUUCAUCGAUGAUCUUGCCCGCCGCGGCCAGCGGUUAUCAACUCGUGGAAACCUGGAAGGGCGAGGAUUUCCUGACGGCUUUCGAUUUUUACACAGGCGCUGACCCCACGAAUGGAUUCGUCACUUAUGCGAAUCAAAGCUACGCCGAGAGCAAGGGGCUGGUCAAGGUCAACUCGAACGGUAGCUUCUACAUGGGUGUCGACCAUACCACGAAGCUGAGCACCAAUGGCCCUGGCCGGGAGUCGGUCCGCAUUGGGAGCAACAAGUAUUAUGACGAGGGUCUGUUCAUCAUCGACCUCGAGCACAUGCCCGGAAGUGUCUGCGGUACCUGGCCCGCCUUUUGGUCCACAGGCAAAGACUGGCCUACGGACGGUGAGAUCGAUAUCAUUGAAGGUGUCAAUAAGAACGAAGCCAACGAGAUCGUCCUGCAUACGAGCGGUACCUGCCAAGUUUCCAGCCAGAAGAUGACCGGCACACUUUCCUCCACGGAGUGUGGUGAAGACUCUGGUACUACUGGAUGCGUUGUUGAAGGUACUCAAGGGUCUUCUGGCACUCCGUUCAACGAGAACGGUGGCGGUGUCUACGCUAUGCAGUGGACAGAUGAGUUCCUCAAGUUCUGGUUCUUCCCCCGUGGUUCAAUCCCCACCUCUAUCACCAAAGGCGACCCCGAUGUCGCUGCUUUCGGCACUCCGAUGGCGCACAUGCAGGGCUCAUGCAGCAUCGCCGAACACUUCAAAGCCCAGCAGUUCAUCUUCGACACCACAUUCUGUGGUGACUGGGCUGGCGGAGUCUACAGCACCUCCGGCUGUCCUGUGAGCGAUAGCAGCAGUUCCUUCAAGAGCUGCGUUGCUUAUGUCGCCGAGAACCCAGCGGCUUUCGCCGAGUCCUACUGGGAGAUUAACUACAUCAAGAUUUAC